GAGCUGUAUAGGAUCCUAGGAAGCUGCCACGGUCGACAACACUGCGAACCCUCCCUCUGUCCUCGCAUUUCCGCUGCUCUCUCCGAUCAAACGAAGAAGGGUAAUAGCGGGUGAUAAUCGAUAAAGUGCGAUGGACGGCGUGGGGGAGGUUGAGAAGUGACCGGAGGAGAAUUAGCAAGAAGGCAGCUGGGAGAGAGAUUUUUGUGGAUUUGUUGUGAUGCUGUUCGAUUCCAUCGUCUCCAUAGUCCUCCACUAUCUGAGGCUCUGAGAAUUGGCUAUGGAUUCGGUUUAGGGUUUUGGAUGGGUUAUUUUAGCUGGAUCGGCGGUGGGUAGGAAGUCGUGGAGCUUACGUCCUCCGGGGUGCUGAUGGCGUCGUCGGACGUGUCGGUCAAGGGUAGCUGUGGGGGACAAGUGCAGAGCUUUUCGUCCGGGUGUAGCGAGCCGCGUGAUGGCGCGAACGUCGGCGUAGCCGAUGCGAAUGAAAGCUUGGGCUUCGCCAACGAGCCCCUCCGUGUUAAAGAAUCGGAGGACGCUCUGUACACUGAGCUAUGGCUCGCUUGUGCCGGUCCUUUAGUGACGAUUCCUAGAGUUGGGGAGAAGGUCUUUUACUUCCCUCAGGGACAUAUUGAGCAGGUGGAGGGGUCGACGAAUCAGGUUUCUGACCAGCAGAUGCCGCUUUACAACCUCCCAUGGAAGAUCCUUUGCCGUGUGAUGAAUGUUCAACUGAAGGCUGAGCCAGAUACAGACGAGGUGUAUGCUCAGGUGACAUUGCUCCCAGAUAAGCAAGAUGAGAACACAGUAGAGAAGGAAGCGGUCCCAUCUCCAAAGCCACGACCUCAUGUGUAUUCUUUCUGCAAAACACUGACUGCAUCAGAUACGAGCACACAUGGUGGGUUCUCAGUGCUACGACGUCAUGCGGAUGAGUGCCUCCCUCCACUGGAUAUGAGCCGGCAACCACCAAGUCAAGAACUGGUGGCAAAGGAUUUACAUGGAGUGGAGUGGCGUUUCCGCCACAUCUUUCGGGGUCAGCCAUGCAGACAUUUACUUCAAAGUGGUUGGAGUGUCUUUGUAAGUUCGAAGAGGCUUGUUGCUGGAGAUGCCUUUAUAUUUCUAAGAGGGGAGAAUAGGGAACUUCGUGUUGGAGUAAGACGAGCAAUGCGACAGCUGGCCAAUGUUCCAUCAUCAGUUAUAUCAAGUCACAGUAUGCACCUUGGUGUCCUUGCAACAGCAUGGCAUGCUGUCAACACAGGCACCAUGUUUACUGUUUACUACAAACCAAGGACUAGUCCAUCCGAAUUUAUUGUUCCCUUUGAUGAAUAUAUGGAUUCUAUUAAGAGCAAUCCUUCUAUUGGGAUGAGGUUCAAAAUGAGAUUUGAAGGUGAAGAGGCACCAGAGCAAAGGUUCACCGGAACUAUUGUCGGGAUAGGUGAGGCUGAUGCUGACAGGUGGCCUGGUUCUAAAUGGAAAUGCCUCAAGGUGCGCUGGGAUGAAACAUCUUGUAUUCCUCGCCCGAAGAGGGUUUCUCCAUGGAAAAUUGAGCCUGCUCUUACACCGCCACCUCUUAAUCCUCUACAAAUGCCGCGACCAAAAAAGCCACGAAAUUCAACCUUUCCCUAUUCAGCUGACACUUCUCUUAAAAAAGAAGGAACUUCCAAAGUUACUGUAGACCCUUCCCAAUCACAUAGAGCACCAAGGGUCUUGCAAGUUCAAGAAGGGAUGAUCUUGGGAAGUAGCUUCACUGAUGUGAAUGAGUCAAAUAAAGCUCCAAAACACAUGAUGUGGUCAGCAUAUGAGGGAGAGAAAAAUGAGGUUUCUGCUCACAGAAGAUUUGGAUCAGACAGCUUAAUGCAUGUAAACAGGCAUCAGCAAACUUGUUCAGGAUUCCAGCCUCUUGAUUCAUGUGGGUUUCCAUCAUUUUAUGAGCACACUUCAAGUGAUAAAAACCUCUAUAAGAGUCAUUUCCAAGAUCAAGCGGCCAAACAAGAACAUUCACCCGGAUCUUGGUCUUUGAUGCCUACAUAUUCAAAUUCUAGUAUGCCUGAAUGCAAUUUGAAGGCAAGUGCACAAGUUGGUGAAAUGUCCUACCAGAAAAUUGGAAUCAUAUAUUCUAGACUAGAUAACUGGCCUCAUUCUAGGGCCAUCAAACCUCAACCUUUUGUACUGUCACAAAAUGAGGUAACAAAGCCCCAAGGGACUAGAGGUUAUAAGCUAUUUGGGUUUAAUCUAAACAACAGUCCACUGAUAUCUGAAUCAGCUGUACCACAGAGUAAGUCUGCUGAUGUUCUGUUCCCAUGUGUCCAUCCUCCAUCACUUGGCUUAGAGGCUAAUAAACAAUCAGAUUUUCCCAUUUCCGAUAAAAUUAUUGGUAGCUCAUUGACAAAUUUCAUUUCAGAGAAGUUGGUUCCACUUUGUCCACUUGCUUCUAAAGAUAACCAGGACAAAGUGCAAGGUGGUUCAACUCGGAGUUGCACAAAGGUGCAUAAACAAGGUAUUGCUCUUGUCAGAUCUGUGGAUCUCACUAAGUUCAAUGGUUAUGAAGAACUUGUCGCAGAACUUGAUCAAAUGUUUGGUUUUGAGGGUGCCUUAGUGGCUGCUAACAAAACUUGGCUGGUUGUGUACACUGAUAAUGAAGGUGAUAUGAUGCUUGUGGGAGAUGACCCCUGGCAUGAAUUCUGCAAUAUGGUCCGCAAGAUCUUCAUCUAUACUCAUGAGGAGGUCCAAAGGAUGAACCAUAGAACAUUAAAUUCUCUAGUUGAAGAAAGUCCAUCUGCUUCUGAUGAAAGAAUAGCUGGUGAAGGAACUAAAGAAGCUGCUGCUACUGCUAAUCCUGAAAAUUCUAGGAGCUGUCCUGGAAAUGAUGUGGCAUUUUAAAGAAGUCAAACCAAAAAGAAUAUUCAAUGUUGAAAUCGUUGUGGUGAGUUCCAACUUAUGAGAUACUGUGUGCUUUGUUGGUGAGUCCCUUAUUAUCCUUGCCUAUGCAUGUUUGUCCCCAGGCUGGGACAUGGAACUUGACUUAUUCCUACAGUUUUGCUGGUAUUGUAGUUUUUGUUUACAAAAUCCCUUGUGGUAUAUACACUACUGGAUAGCUAAAUUAGUCUUUAAAAUGUGACGCACCCACCAUGUAAAUAUUCCAUCUGUUUAUUUUAUUAUAGUAUCUAUAAUUCAUACCCA